AUGAAAUUCUUUUCUUUGAUAGCAUUAUUAACUACUGUAGUUACGGUAUUGGCAGUUAAUUGGUCACCAGAGGAUUAUGAAAUUUUCAACUUAAGAGAUAAAAUUGUUGGUGAUCUAGGUGAAGGAACCACCUUCUAUUCUUGGUUAAAUUUACCUAAAGGUGGGAAAUCAACUCUUGAUGAAAUAAAUAAAGCCUAUAAGAAAGUAUCACGUCGUUUGCAUCCUGAUAAGUUCCAUAAGAGUGGGAAAACCAUCAGAAAACAAGCUGAAGACAGAUUCCAACGAUUAUCAUUAGUAGGUAAUAUUUUAAGAGAUCCUUCUUUGAAAGAGAGAUAUGAUUAUUUCCUCAAGAAUGGAUUCCCCACGUUGAAAGGGUCUUCUUAUUUAUAUUCCAGAUUCCGUCCAGGAACCUUAUUGACAUUUUCAUUCUUAUUUGUAAUUGUGGGGAUUUUCCAUUUCGUUUCAUUGAAAAUAUCAAGAAGAUCUGAUUUCAAUAGAGUUGUCAAUUUGAAACAACAAAUCAAAGCUCAAGCUUGGAACAAUUCUUUGGUUCCACCAGCUGACGGUUCAGAUAGAAAGAUUGGCGAUGGUAAUGGAAGAGAAUUCAUUGUGAAUUCAUUAGGUGAAGUAAGUCUUGUUGAAAGAGAUGAGCAAAAUAAAAUGAAUUUGAUUUUGCUUGAUGAAAAUGAAAUCAACGUUAAUAUUGGAUUCCAAGAUUCAAUUUUCUGGAAAUUCCCUGUGUUUUUAUAUAAUAAAAGUUUGGGUAGAGUAUUGGGAGAAAUCAAACCUAAAGUAUUCAUACCUCCAAAACCUUCUGUUCAAGAACCUGAAAAACCAAAAAAGACGAAAGCCAAAGGUGAAAAGAUAGAGUUACCUAAUGGUAAAGUUAUUUAUGGAAGAAAGAGGAAAUAG